AUGCAGAGCAGAAAUAAAUGUGAGGAUAAUGAUAGCAAUGAAGACAGUGAUGUCUGGAUUUCUGAGGAUGAGGAUAAUAUUUCUAAUCGAGAUGAUAACACGCCCAGUAUUGAUAGAAAUGAAGAAAAAGACAAUCUCAGCAUUCAGUCUUUGAAACGGAAGCAUGAAAAGCAGGGGUACCUUGAUGGUAUUACUAAAGCUCGAGAGCUAAGUCUUCAACAAGGUUUUGACGAAGGUUAUCCAAUAGGCAGUCAAAUCGGGGAGAUAGUUGGUCAGCUAAUAGCCAAAACAUGCACUAGAUUUGAAGCUAAGAAGAUAACUCAGGAGGACCGGAAAAGGUGCUUGAAGGAACUCCAAAUCGAAAAUGUCUUGCAGUCAAAAUAUUUCGACGACUCUUUAUCAAUUGGUGAUCCUAGGAAUCAUAAAGUUUUAGAAUAUUGGAUUCAUGAACUAUCGGAGAAAUAA